AGUGGUUGACAUGUAUAACUGAUAGUCGGCAUUCAGUUUUUACUUAUUUUAUUAUAAAAUAAAUAUUGUCGAGUUCUUUGUACUGACAGUUAAGUCUUUAGUUUUAAAUUGUAAAAUUUGCCGACACUUAAUAAUCUAAAUUUAUUAUUUUACUUUUUUUUAAAUAUUUAAAUAAAUUAAAUCAUUACAAUGUCGACCCAAAAGUCGGAAGCUACGGUGCCAAACAAAAUUAAGUUUCUCAUUUCUGGACUUUCUGGUAUGGCUGCCACGUGCUUCGUCCAACCUUUGGACUUAAUUAAGAAUCGAAUGCAGUUGAGUGGGAAGAAGACAUCGACCCUGAGUAUUGUGUCUUCAAUUGCUAAAAAUGAAGGGUUAUUGGCAAUGUAUUCCGGUUUAAGUGCCGGGUUAAUGAGACAAGCGACAUAUACUACAACGAGAUUGGGAGUGUAUACGUGGCUCUUUGAACUAGCAUCGAAAGAAUCACAGCCUAACUUUUUCAUUAAAGCUGGUUUAGGAAUGACUGCUGGUGCUGUUGGAGCAUUUGUCGGAAACCCAGCAGAAGUUGCACUAAUUCGUAUGACUGCUGAUGGACGACUACCUCAAGCCGAGCGACGAAUGUACAAAAAUGUUUUCGAUGCUUUGUUUCGAAUUACUAGAGAAGAAGGAGUUCUAACUCUUUGGAGAGGAGCAAUACCAACAAUGGGACGUGCAAUGGUAGUCAAUGCUGCUCAAUUAGCAUCUUAUUCUCAAGCGAAAGAAGCUCUUCUUGAUACUGGUUACUUUGAGGAAAAUAUUAUGCUACAUUUUACUGCUUCAAUGAUUUCUGGAUUAAUAACAACAGCAGCUUCAAUGCCAGUAGAUAUUGCUAAAACCCGUAUUCAAAACAUGAAAAUGAUUGACGGUAAACCAGAGUACAGAGGCGCUUUUGAUGUACUUGGUAAAGUAGUACGGAAUGAAGGAUUUUUUGCUCUGUGGAAAGGAUUUAUUCCUUAUUACGCUCGAUUAGGGCCUCACACUGUCCUUACAUUUAUCUUUCUUGAACAAAUGACAGCUUCUUAUAAAAAAUAUUAUUCUUAAGUUUAUUCCAUUACUCUAAUUAACUGAAUUUGAAAAUUCACAAAUAUUAAAUCCGUAUAUAUUUAUAUUAUUAAAGUUUUUUAAACCAAGAAAAUUUUAAAAUAUGCCAUCAAAAUAUUUCACUGCAAAUUAUCAAGGUCAAUUUUUUUUUCUUAUUUUUUUGUUUUCAAAUUUCAUAUUUUUUGUGUGUUCACAACAUUUUUUUUUAAAUUAUAAAUUUCUAAAAUCAAAUUUAAAAAUUCACGGAUUUAAUUUAAAUUGAAUUGUUUAUAAAUGAAUAAACAGUGUAUUGCUUAUAUAUAAAACAUAAGUACGCUGCUUACAUAUAUUAAAUAAUCGACAAUACGAAUUAUUAGUGUGCGAACAUAAAUAAGGCACAAAUUCGACUCAUAUUUAAAAUAUUCAAUGAUGUGUUCAAUAGUUUUAUGUUAAGAGACAGAACUUAAAUUCUGAUACAGAAAAAAUUUCUUUCUUUUUUUUUUUUUUUAAUUAAUAUUUUGGUGUGAUGAAUUAAGAAAAAAUUUCCAAUAGACAUUUUUAAGCGAAAUGUUGGAUAGUUUUUUUAUAAAUCACAAUAGGAAACUAAAUAAAUAUUCCAAAUAGAUAUAUAGUAAGUAUGUAGGUAUUAACGACUGCUGUGCUUGAAAAAUUAAAAAAUAGUUGAACAACUGACAUAAUAGUAAUAAUAAUAAUAAUAAUAAUAUAUCAUAAGAUUUUGUUUAAAUAUUUAUCAGUUUGAUAAAUUUAGAUGAACCUGAAGUUAGAAGACGAUUAACAAUUUUCGGAUUUUUUUUCAACGAAUCAAUUAUGAAAAAAAAAAAAAAAAAAAAAUUAAGAGAAUACACAUGUAGAAAAUUGAAAAAAAACUAUAGGUGCAAUUUUUAAAAAUAUUUUUUUUUUUAUAAUGUAUUGUUUUGAAAAAGAAACAAAAAUUAUUAGACGUCGGCUAACUUCAGUAUCAUGAAUUUAGCGGAGUUAUUACUAAUAUGAGCGGGAAGUCAUCAAUUGCCUACAAUAUUUUUUCGUACAUUGGAAAUUACUGCUCGGCUACUAAAAUUUAUUCUACGGUUCUAUUGCCUAUGGAAAUAUAAAAUAUGUAAUUUAAUUGCGAAAAAAAAUAAUUGCAGUUCUAUUGCCUAGAAAAAUAAUUCAUGAUGUUUGAUUGAUUGCUAUUUAAUUGUGAACCCAGUCAAAGGAAUUCCUAAUAAAUGUAGAUGCUCCUGAUUUUGCUGAGAAAAUCUUGUACUUGAGGAGAAAUGAUCAACAAAGACCGAUCACUUGAUAAAAAAAAGACGAUUGAUCUGUAAAAUAUGAGAACCGCGGUAGUCUUGACAAAAGUAUAACUCGCUCGGUCCAUAAUAAGACACUGGGUUGAAUCUCAUAGUCGACUUAGGGAAUCACCUGAUCAGCCCAAUAAUUUCUGAUAGAAAACUCUGUCAAGUUUUACAGUUGCUAUUGUCAAGACUACCGAGGUUCUGAUAUUUUUCAGACCAGCUGCGUUUUUUUUAUCAAGUGAUCGGUCUUGAACGUUGAUCAUUUCUUCUCAACAAGUACAAGAUUUUCUCAGCAAAUAAAUUAGAAGCUUGUCUACAUUAAUUAGGAAUUUCUUUGACUGGGUUCACAAUUAAAUAGCAAUCAAUCAAACAUCAUGAAUUAUUUUUCUAGGCAAUAGAACUGCAAUUAUUUUUUUAUGCAAUUAAAUUAUAUAUUUAAUAUUUGCGUAAGCAAUAGAACUGUAGAAUAAAUUUUAGUAGGCAGCAGUAAGAAAUUAUAAUGUAUGAAAAAAUAUUAUAGGCAAUGUUUUCCCAUACGAUCAAUGACAAAAAAAUUUUUACAAUAAACAAAGAAUUUAAUUACUAUAACAAAACAUUCUUUCUAAACAUUCUUAAUGAAUUAUUAUGAUCGUCUGGUACAGAUCUUAAUAAUUUUGUUAUUAUAUUAAUAAAGAGUUAAAUAUAAUUUGUUAAUUUCUGUAUAUAGUAAUAAAUCCUGUGGAUUUGUAAAAUAA